AGUCUUUUGUGGCAUUCGAGAGUGGACUCGAAUUUUUGAUUUUAUAUCGACCAUAUCAAUAAAGAAUUAACAAAUGGAUGCUUCAGCGCAAUGUCAAAUUCUGGACCAAAUUCCAGUUCUCUAUGUUCGGGGAACCCAUUACGAGAUUGGCUUAUCUGUGGGACGAUCGUUAAAGAGUAUGCAUCAAGACAUUUUUGGUAAUUGGGAUUUCUUUAACAAUGUCAUUAUGAAGAACUAUGCCACCGAUCGGGGAAAGCAAAUAUAUGACGAUACUCUACGACUGUGUGAAAGCAAAUUUCCCUUGUAUGUUGAAGAAUUGAAAGGAUUGGCUGCCGGUUCAGAUGUUCCAUUCCACAAAAUAUUCCUGGCCCAUCUGGAUUGUCUUAUGACCGCUCCGGAGGAAGAUACUAAAAAUAAGCAAAUUCAAGCCGACUCAGGUUGCACGAGUAUUUUAUGUAAUGCCGCUGAGACCAUUGUUGCACAGAACGAGGACGCAUUCCCAGAGCAUGCCAAUAACAUAUACAUCAUCGUGGCUGAUAUCGUUGAUAAAAGUGGAAAUAGAUUGGAGAAAUUCGCUGCUCUGAGUUAUCCUGGCAUGCUUCCCGGACUGGCUAUGGGCUUCAACUACAAAGGGCUUGUCUUUACUGUGAACACUCUCGUACCAAAGGAAACAUUUGACUACGGCACUCCUCGUUUUUUCGUAACACGAGCUCUACUAGCCGCAGCUAAUCAUGACGAAGUUAUGAAUACUGUAUUAGACAAUGGAACUGGUGUCGGUGAUGGAUUCAGUAUUAAUAUUUGUUACAUAAACCAAGAAAACGUAUCCGACAAACCCACAAUGUACAACAUCGAGGUGGCACCUCCGAAAAAACUUAACGAAGAUUCGGAAUUCGGUUCAGUUUCACAAGUUAGUGCGAGAAGUGUACCGCCUGGAGAGAUCUACGUCCAUUGCAAUAAAUAUUUGCAUCUAUUGGUGCCAGAGAUAGACGAGUCUCUAACAAGUUCUAUCAACCGUCACGAAGUGAUAUCGAAGCUUCCGCAGCCAUCCACCGUACAAUUAAUCAAAAAUACAAUGAGUGAUCAAAGUGUUAUCGAUUAUCCGGUCUAUAGACGGUGUCAAACGAAAGGAAAGGAUGGUGCAAGAACUGUAGCAACGGGGAUCUUCGAUAUUCAGAAAAUGGAGUGGUCAAUUUAUGUCAAUAUUCCAUCAACAUCAAAACCAACUGUGGUGAUUUCGUUGAACUUAUGAUUUAUUGCAAUUAAUUUUUCAUGGACAUUGUAAAC